CGGCCGGUCAUGGAUCCUCAACUCUACAGAGCUGCAAAACUUGGUGAUGUCAAACUUCUCAAACAAGUAGUGAAUGAAGAUUCUAGCCGAUUGCAGAGAGUAACUCCACAAGGGAACACAGCCCUUCACGUCUCUGUGAGUUUUGGUCGCAUUGACUUCGUAGAGGAAGUGUACGCUGAGCUUCUCAAACACAAUACAAACUUAGAAGGCGACACAGACUGCGGCAGAAGACUGUCGCUUCUCACAAAGAUGAACUCAGCAGGUGAUACUGCCCUUCAUGAAGCAAUCAGAGAAGGCCACACUUCUAUAGCUAAAUUUCUCAUCGAAAAGAUUCUGUCUUGGCAUUCUGACGUCCAUGACGUCGAAAAUGGAAAUACUUCCCUUGGUCGUGAGACAAUAAGGAUGAGAAACAAGAGCGAAAACACGGCCCUUCAUGAAGCUUUGCUAAGAAAUGAUCUUGAGAUGGUGGAAUUGCUAAUUAGGGCAGACCCUGAUGGUUUAGGGCACCCUAACUACGAUGCUGAUGCGGAAGGACGUGGGGAGUCUCCACUCUACAUGGCUGCUAAGGACGGACGUUUGGAUAUUAUCAACAAAAUCUUGAACAUCUGUCCAUCUGCAGCUCACGGUGGACCACAUGGCCGGACGGCUUUACAUGUGGCCGUCGUUCAGGGUCAUCUAGAUGCGGUGACAGUACUCUUAGAGAAGAAAGGAGAACUUGUCAAUAAGGAAGAUGAAAAUGGGAGGACAGCUCUUCACUAUGCAGUGGCAUGGGAAGAAAGCCACAAGAUAAUACAGAAGUUGCUGAGUCAAGAUACUUCCAGUGUGUAUCAAUUGGAUAAAUAUGGUCUCUCACCACUUCACAUCGCAGCUCUUCAAUCAAGCUUUAGUGUAUUUAGAGUGCUCAUCGAAUGCUGCCCAGAUUUCGGGGAAUUGUUGGACAGAAAUCGUCGCAAUGUUCUCCAUUAUGCUGUGAUGAGUAAGGAUUUGGAUAAAAUCAAGUUUGGGAUAGAGCAACUAGAGCGUGAGAAACUCAUAAACCAUCCAGAUGAUGAUGGAAACACUCCACUUCACCUCGCCGCCAGUCAAGGCUCUCUCAAGCUUAUGGAACUUUUUAUUUCAAAUGAAAGGGUCGACAAAACGGCCAUGAAUAACAACGGCCAGACAGCUGAUGAGAUUUAUCUGAACGCGGUCUCUAGCUUCAAUGGUCUAAUAACUUUCAUUAAAGCGGUGAGCCCUUUCUUUCCGGAUGGGGCAGCUGCCCGUCCUGCCUGUGCUGUGCAGAUAUAG